AUGGCAACAGGAGGAGGAGGGUUGAAUGCUGCUGCUGCUGCUAUUGGAAUGGAAUCGAUCCCAGAUGGUUUGAGAAUUGCAGAGGAGGAGACACCAUCAACUGGAAGUUCCCAAUCCCAGAUUAAUGACAACAACAGCAGAGUUGGUGGGUACAUCGAUUGUGGUGUGCACAUCACUUGCUUCUCUGAGGUCUCCAACAACGGCACCCUCCACUUUCAGAUCAUUCGUCUUCACAAGCAGAUAUAUGCAUGGAUCGGUUGCAAUUCUGCCAAAUUUGGACAUCUAUAUGCUGCUGCACCUACACGACCUAACAACACAGUGAGUGUUACGUCCCUACUUGGAGGGGCUUCUGAUAAUACCGGAUCUGGUAUUGCUCGUCGAUUAGCAUUGAAGACUGGUCUUAACGUAAUAGUGGCUUGUAACAUUCCAAAGAAUAGCCCCAUGCUUGAGGCAGAUGCUGAGAAAAAGUUGGUGCAGAAGUUAAUCAAUCUGGGGUACACAAGGCCAAAAUCUGAUGGGACAUCCUCUUAG